AAAAUCGCCCACACCCAGAUGCGCCUGCUUCCUCUCCGUCAGAAGAAGGCCCACUUGAUGGAGAUCCAGGUGAACGAGGGCACUGUAGCUGAGAAACUAGACUGGGCCCGGGAAAGGCUGGAACAGCAAGUCCCUGUGAACCAGGUGUUUGGGCAGGAUGAAAUGAUUGAUGUCAUCGGGGUGACCAAAGGCAAAGGCUACAAAGGGGUCACCAGCCACUGGCACACCAAGAAGCUGCCCCGUAAGACCCACCGAGGCCUGCGCAAGGUUGCUUGUAUUGGAGCCUGGCACCCUGCCCGUGUGGCCUUCUCUGUGGCUCGAGCUGGGCAGAAAGGCUACCAUCAUCGCACAGAGAUCAACAAGAAGAUUUACAAGAUUGGACAGGGCUACCUUAUCAAGGAUGGCAAGCUGAUCAAGAACAAUGCCUCUACCGACUGUGACCUCUCCGACAAGAGCAUCAACCCCUUGGGUGGCUUUGUCCAUUAUGGUGAGGUGACCAAUGACUUCGUCAUGCUGAAAGGCUGUGUGGUGGGAACCAAGAAACGAGUGCUCACCCUCCGUAAGGUGAGGUUGGGUGGCCUUCCAGGAUCAUGUCACCAGGAGCCUCACCCCUUUUGAGGGAGAGCUGUCCCAUAGUUCAUGGGGAAGGAUGCAGCUUUGAGGUUCUGAGGAGGAAGUG